AUGACGAUUCAAAAGAAGACGGUUGCCGUAUUUGGCGGAACUGGGAACCAGGGAAGUGCUGUUGUUCGCUCACUGCUUUUAAAUAAACAAAAUACCUUCGACGUGCGCGUUAUUACACGCGAUAUCAACUCUUCUAUAGCCAAAGAUCUACUUAGUCUUGGUGCAAAGACUGUCUGCGCCGAUGCCCGGGACCAUGAUCAGCUGGCUGCUGCAUUCACCGGGGCUUGGGCGGCGUUUAUCAACUCCAACUCUGAUCACCAUGGGGCGGAUGAUGAGUUACAUCUGCCAAACGUCUUCGAUUUUGAUACCGCUGUCCUCAAGGCUGCAAAGGCAAUGGGAGUCGCUCACGUAAUCUACAGUUCUGGUGCUAAUGUGUAUCGGGCGACGAAAGGGCGGGUCUCCCUGGCUGGCUUUGACUGCAAGAGCUACGCUGAGGAAUAUGCUCGGUCCGAGGAAAUGUUCGAUACAUUUACCGCGGUCCUUCCCGCCUCUUUUAUGGAAUGCUGGACAGCUGAGCCAUUUUGUGAGACCUGGGGUGGGUUUCCUCUACUUCCCAAGGAGAAUGGCGAGCUUCUCCUAGCCGUGCCACCCUACGGCGGUGACGGUCGAAUGCCGUGGGUCAGUGUCCAAGACGACUUUGGGGACAUUGUCCACGGCAUUCUUCUUGAUCCUGUUCGUUAUGACAAAAAACGAGUCCAGGCAAUCAGCAGCCUCAUACGAUUUGAGGACUUGGCGCACGCGUUUACUCGUGGUAUGUACCUCUUUAAGGCAAUUGAACACCCGCUUAUUCUACGUUCAGCCACUGGAACUCUUGUCAAGUUUCAACCUCUCUCUUCGUGGGCAGACGUUCCGCAGGAUGGGAGUGAUUUGCGCCGCGAGUGUUCACUAAUGUUCUUUUACAUGGAGUUCUGUGGUGGUCGCUGGUUUGCUGAGUACCCCAGCGAUGACACAGCCGCCAGGGAAUGCAAGGAAGCUGCCGCCAGGGCUCGAGGGUGUCUUGAGACUAACCCUAUUGCCUUUGAAGAUUGGUUUAAACGCAAUUUCAAAGGGCAUAUCAGUAGUCAGAAGUGA